GAGAGAGAGAGAGAGAGAGAGAGAGAGAGAGAGACAGAGAAGUGUGCGUUCAGACAACACAGAACAAUGACGAACAUAUUACGAACAGAUUUAAAGGAAUUGAAUGUUGACCCUGAAAAGCUGUUCACUAAACUGGAGCGGAUCGGGAAGGGUUCGUUUGGUGAGGUCUUCAAAGGCAUCGAUAAGCGCACACAGCAGGUGGUCGCCAUAAAGAUCAUUAAUCUGGAGGAGGCUGAAGAUGAGAUGGAAGACAUUCAGAAAGAGAUCACUGUCCUCAGUCAGUGCGACAGCCCCUUCAUCACAAAAUACUACGGCUCUUAUCUGAAGGACACAAAGUUGUGGAUCAUCAUGGAGUAUUUAGGAGGGGGAUCAGCUCUUGACUUGCUGGGACCUGGUUCUCUGGAGGAAAGCCAUAUUGCCACUAUUCUCAGAGAAAUUCUGAAGGGCCUGGACUAUCUGCAUUCAGAGAAGAAAAUUCAUAGAGAUAUUAAAGCUGCUAACGUCCUGUUGUCAGAGCAAGGAGAUGUAAAGCUAGCUGAUUUCGGUGUGGCUGGCCAGCUCACAGACACCCAGAUCAAGAGGAACACAUUUGUGGGCACUCCGUUCUGGAUGGCACCAGAGGUGAUUCAACAGUCCCAGUAUGACUCAAAGGCGGAUAUUUGGUCUUUAGGAAUAACUGCAAUCGAGAUGGCAAAAGGAGAGCCUCCCCAUUCAGACCUUCAUCCAAUGAAAGUGUUGUUUCUCAUCCCUAAAGAAAACUCACCCACACUGGAGGGCAACUACAGCAAAGCUCUCAAGGACUUUGUAGAUGCCUGUCUCAAUAAAGAACCCAACUUUGUAAGUGCUGCCAGUCUACAUGGACUUUUGUGUUUCUGCAUGUGUAGUCAAGAUAUUAAAAGAAGCCAAACCUGUUGAGAUGUGAAGUAGAAAUUGUAUUUCAGUUGAAGCUUGGCUUUAAGGUCCAAAAGAAGUCGUCUACCAGAUUUUUCUUCAUCAGUGUCUUAAGUAAAAGUUCAACAAAACUUCCCCCAAACAGUUGACCAAAGUACUCAAAUUAAUCAAGUAAAUUUCCCCCUUUUGUUUCAAUCAGAGACCAACCGCUAAAGAGCUUUUGAGACACAAAUUCAUCGUUCGAUAUGGCAGGAGGAACACAUACCUCACAGAUCUCAUUGACAAGUACAAGAAAUGGAAAAGCAAACAGGCCAGAGAAGAGUCCAGC